GCCAUAGGAGAGGGGGCCGUGGGGUUUUCAUGCUCCCAGCAUGAGCUCCUACUUUGUCAACCCCCUGUUCUCCAAAUACAAAGGCGGUGAGUCCUUGGAGCCGGCGUAUUACGACUGCCGGUUCCCUCAAAGUGUGGGUAGGAGCCAUGCCUUAGUAUACGGCCCGGGCAGCACGGCGCCCAGCUUUCAGCACGCCUCGCACCACGUCCAAGACUUCUUCCACCACGGGACUUCGAGCAUCUCCAACUCCGGCUACCAGCAGAACCCGUGUUCCCUCAGCUGCCACGGAGACGCCUCCAAAUUCUAUGGCUACGAGGCGCUCCCCAGACAGCCUCUUUAUGGGGCUCAGCAAGAGGCGAGCGUCGUGCAAUAUCCCGACUGUAAAUCCUCCGCCAACAGUAACAGUAACGAAGGACAAGGGCACCUAAAUCAAAACUCGUCUCCCAGUCUCAUGUUUCCAUGGAUGAGACCCCACGCUCCUGGGCGGCGCAGCGGACGACAAACUUACAGCCGGUAUCAGACCUUGGAACUAGAAAAGGAGUUUCUCUUUAAUCCAUAUUUGACACGAAAGCGACGGAUUGAGGUCUCUCACGCCCUGGGACUGACUGAAAGACAAGUGAAGAUUUGGUUCCAGAACCGGAGGAUGAAGUGGAAAAAGGAGAACAACAAGGAUAAACUUCCUGGAGCCCGAGAUGAGGAGAAAACAGAAGAAGAAGGGAAUGAGGAAGAGGAGAAAGAAGAGGAAGAAAAAGAAGAGAACAAGGACUAAAAGGGGGGAAAGAUUUUUUUUUUCUUUUAGCAACUCCCUUGAAGUUUCGUUUUAUGGUAGAGGAUAAAUUGAGAAGUUUACGACUGUCAUUCGCUUUUAUAGAGAAUAGAAUGAGACUCACAACUGUAACUACCUGUCAAAUACUUGUAACUCUGGUUUUACGAUCAUUGGACUUCCCCUAGCUUUAUUUUUUGGGGGCUGGGGAGGGGAGAUGAGGGUGCUGGGAUGAUUCUGGGUGGAGGCGGGAGGAGGAAUCUCAGACACAGAAAAGUUUUGGCUCCUGUCUCAACAAGCUCCCCACCACCCUACACACACACACACACACACACACACA